AUGGCCACAAAUAUAACCCCAGCCAAGUUGCGCCAGCAUUGGGCAAAUCGCCAGGAGAUUGCCCUCCUCGAUGUCCGCGAAGAAGGCCCCUAUGCCGAGUCCCAUCCUUUAUUCGCUCUCAGUGUGCCAGUGUCGGAGAUUGAGAAGAAGUUGCCGCCGCUGGUUCCUCGAUUGUCCGCCCCGAUUGUGGUCUACGACGACGGCGAGGGUUAUGUUGGGCGCGCUGCAGCCCGGAUAUUAGCCCUGGGAUACCGGCAUGUUGCCAUCCUACAAGGCGGCCUUUCUGGCUACGCUCAAAUUGGCGAAGUCUACCGCGACGUCAAUGUGCCGUCCAAAGCAUUUGGUGAGCUCGUUGAGUCGAUCACUCACACUCCGUCCCUCGCUGCGCGAGAUGUCAAGCACCUCGUGGAGAGUGAUAGUGAUGUGGUGGUCUUGGAUGCCAGGCGUUUUGAGGAGUAUAAUACAAUGAGCAUUCCCCGUGGCCGAAGCUGUCCGGGGGGAGAACUGCUGUAUCGUAUUUUUGAAGCUAUAUCCUCGCCGGAGACUACAGUCGUCGUUAAUUGUGCAGGUCGAACACGGAGUAUUGUUGGCACACAAUCCUUGAUCAAUUCUGGGAUCCCGAACAAAGUGGUUGCGCUCCGAAAUGGGACUAUUGGCUGGACAUUGGAAGGGUUGGAGCUGGAGAACAACAAGACGGACCAUAUUCCACGACCUUCAGUUGAGGCCUCGCAAAAGGCACGGCAAUACGCUGAAUCCUGGGCUGAUUAUAUCGGCGUCUCUUUUAUCGAUGGCGAACAGCUCCGUCGAUUUGCCGCCGAAUCGGAAGACCGGACUCUGUAUUUGCUAGACGUUAGAGACCCGGAGGAGUAUGCUCUUGGUCACCCAGCGGGCUUCACCAAUGCGCCUGGUGGUCAACUGGUACAAGCCACCGAUGAGUGGGUUGGUGUUCGGGGGGCUCGCCUUGUUCUAUACGAUACGGACGGUGUGCGAGCGCGCAUGACAGCCAGCUGGCUCGUACAGCUCGGGUGGGAGGUGCAUGUCUUUGAAGACCCGUCGCCAGUGCCUGAUGGCCUUCCGGCGCCUAAAAGGCCUUUAUGGCAUUCUCCAGAGUCUACUACUAUUACGACCCAAGAUCUUCAAAAUCUCCCAGGAGCGACUGUAGUCGAUCUCGCCCGCAGUUCGUCCUAUCGCAAAGGCCAUAUUCCCGGCGCAUGGUUUGCUUCUGGACCUGAACUUGUCCGAGACCUGACGGCUGUCACCGGUGACGGCCCUAUCGUGCUGACCUCGCCUGAUGGCAACAUUGCCGCCAUGAAUGUUGAGCAUGCACGCAACUCAGUCUCGCGACAGGUCUUGUAUCUGGCUGGAGGCACUGCGGCCUGGGUAGCAGCCGGUCAUCCGCUCGAGACCCAGUCUCGUUGGCUCUCGAAGCCAAUUGACGUAUAUAAAAGGCCGUACGAGGGCACAAGCAACGCUCGCAAGGACAUGCAGGGCUAUCUUGACUGGGAGUAUGGGCUUGUCGCGCAGCUGGCGAACGACGGGGUCGCUUGUUUUCACGUUGUACGGGACCGGCGUGGUUAG